AUGCUCCAUUUGCGAAGUUCACAGAUGCUGCAGAUGUUGGAGAGCUCCUUAAGGAAAUACCUUCCUGAGUCCUUAAAGGUUUAUGGGACUGUCUUCCACAUGAACCAAGGAAACCCAUUCAAGCUCAAGGCUCUGGUGGACAAGUGGCCUGAUUUUAAUACAGUGGUUGUCCGUCCUCAGGAGCAGGAUAUGGCAGACGACCUUGAUAACCACACUAAUACUUACCAGAUCUAUUCUAAAGAUCCUAAGCACUGUUUGGAAUUUCUUGGAAACCAAGAUGUCAUCAACUGGAAACAGCAUCUGCAGAUCCAAAGUUCACAAUCCAGCCUAAAUGAAGCAAUAGUGGGUCUUGCAGAUGGUAAGAUGGUGAAGGUCAAGAGAACACAGUGCAUUCUCUACAUGAUGCCCCAGACAGCAAAGAAACUGGUUCCUUUUCUGCUGGAGGACACAGAGUACUUAGAUGAUAAAUCUGGCAGACCCCGUCCUAUUGACCAAGAAAUGUUUAAACUCUCAUCCCUGGAUGUUACCCACGUUCCCUUGGUGGAUAAAUUCUGGCAGUUCGGUGGCAAUGCGAGGAGCCAGAGAUUCAUUGAGCGCUGUAUCCAGAUCUUUCCUAGCUCAUGUCUUCUGGGACCUGAAGGGACUCCUGUGUCCUGGGCUCUGAUGGACCAAACUGGAGAAAUGAGAAUGGCGGGCACAGUGCCUGAUUACCGGGCGCAAGGCCUCAGCUCCCACAUCAUUUAUGCCCAGACUCUGGCUAUGGAUAAACGUGGUUACCCUGUGUAUAAUCAUACAGCACAAACCAACAAAGUCAUACAGAAAAUGAGUCAUACUCUGCACCAUGUCCCCAUGCCCUGUGACUGGAAUCAGUGGAAUUGUACACCUCUGUGA